AAUCCAAGCAACGUAAUCAGAAGCCGAUGCAAUUAAGCACCUCCUCCUCGCACUGUUAACCCCUUUCUCCUCCUCCUCCUCCUUUCCCAACCACUCUCGCACCAAACCGGAGGAAGCACGCGCCGCCCAAUCGGAGCGCUCCGGCGGCGGCGGCGGCGGCGGCGGCGGGGGAGUGGGCGGCUGUUGCUCCGCCUCGCUGACGUGGUGGGGGCUGGGAGGGAGCGGCGUCUCGCGUCGUCCCGUCCCCGAUGGACUGGGCGGCGGCGGGGUACACGGCGGCGGCGCUGCUGUGCGCCGCGGCGGCCACCGUCAUCGCCCUCGUUCACAUCUACCGCCACCUCCUGCACUACGCGGAGCCCAUCUACCAGCGGUUCAUCGUCCGCCUCAUCUUCAUGGUCCCGGUCUAUGCAGUGAUGUCAUUUCUGUCACUUAUCCUACCGGAUAAUGCAAUAUAUUUUAAUUCUAUCCGAGAAAUCUAUGAUGCUUGGGUCAUCUACAAUUUCUUUUCACUUUGCUUGGCAUGGGUUGGGGGUCCUGGUGCUGUGGUGGUAAGUUUGAAUGGACGAACCCUGAAGCCAUCGUGGUUUCUGAUGACUUGCUGUUUUCCAGCUAUUCCUCUAGAUGGGCGUUUUAUUCGGAGAUGCAAGCAAGGCUGUUUGCAGUUUGUGAUUCUUAAGCCUAUUUUGGUGGUUAUUACAUUCAUACUUUAUGCAAAAGGAAAAUACAAAGAUGGAAACUUCAGUGUCAAGCAAUCCUAUCUAUAUAUAACUAUCAUUUAUACAAUCUCAUACUCGAUGGCUCUAUAUGCUCUUGCGGUGUUCUAUGCGGCAUGCAGAGAUCUGCUUCGGCCAUAUAACCCUGUCCCAAAAUUCAUCAUGAUCAAAUCGGUUGUGUUUCUUACAUAUUGGCAGGGUGUCCUUGUUUUCCUUGCUGCAAAAUCACGGUUUAUCAAAAAUGCUGAAAAAGCUGCUGAUCUCCAGAACUUCGUAUUAUGUGUUGAGAUGCUCAUAGCAGCUAUCGGGCACCUAUUUGCCUUUCCUUACAAGGAGUACGCUGGUGCCAAUGGUCGGCCUGGUGAUUUCAAGGGAAGCCUUCUGCAUGCUCUGAAAUUCAAUGAUUUCUACCAUGACACUGUUCAUCAGUUUGCGCCUACCUAUAAUGAAUAUGUGCUCUACAAUCACAAUGAGGGAGACAACACACAAAGGAAGUAUCCUUCAGGGAGCACCGCCCAAACUGGGCGGGAUGUAGAAUUGUCUGGCAUCUCUGUGGUGCCUUCAACCAGUCCGGUGACAUCAAGCGUAUCGUCAAACCAGGCAGACCAGGAAGAAACAAUGACCACCCCAAUCAAGGACAAGGUUGAUAAUCAUGUAGGGCUUUACGACCUAACGGACUUGCUUGAUGUGGAUUUGUCUAACUACCCAGCCAAGGUUCCUGCAAUCUCUGAUGUAAGAAAACAAUGAAAGUGUGUGAUGGCCUUUGGCGGGUGGCUAUCGGGGAAAUCAUGUUUUUCAUUUUUAUCAUAGAUAACGCUGUAAAAAUGUGUGUGUAUUACUUCCCAUUGAAGGGGGUUAUUGAAUGUCAGUACCCGUCCUACGGCCUCUCGGACUCACUCUUCCCGCUAACUGUAAAAUGUUGUGAGCUUAAGGUGAAUCAAAAGUGAGAAAUAUAUGUGCAUUUACUGAUGGAAUUUGUCUCUGCA